CGCGCGUGGCCGCGGUGCUCUGGCCCGGGGACCACAGCGCUGUCUACCCGGACUCAGGUACGUCUCAAGUCCAAAUUCUUCAAGCAGACCCAGCGUCCAGCUCACUACAGCCACCACGACUCCCAUGGCACCCUUGUUCAGUUUACCCUGAUGCAUCAGUGAAGAAACGGGACUCGAAUUCCUCUAGAGACGCCGCCAAGGCGUAAAGGUGGUCGUGGAGGGCCAGGAGGAGGAGGCGGAGGGGAAGGAGGCGGGGGUGCAGACACCGAAGUCCUCGGAAGAUUGGUAUUGGCAGGCUGGACCGAGCGGCGAGAGGCGGGCGUCAGGUCCACGCUGUGAGCGCGCAGAGCCGGCUGGCUGGACCAGCGUGGGCACGCGGCUGGCGGGCUGGACGGCGUCCUCAGCACAAUGGUCCGGUUCCUCUUGGUUUUCUUCCCAACUCUCUUUUUGGAGAUGACUCUACUCCCCAGAGGCCCCGGCAGGAAAGUGAUGCUGGCGGGAGCCUCAUCUCAGCGCUCCGUGGCCAGAAUGGACGGAGAUGUCAUCAUCGGGGCCCUCUUCUCAGUCCAUCACCAGCCUCCGGCCGAGAAGGUGCCCGAGAGGAAGUGUGGGGAGAUUAGGGAGCAGUACGGCAUCCAAAGGGUGGAGGCCAUGUUCCACACUUUGGAUAAGAUCAACGCGGACCCAGUCCUCCUGCCCAACAUCACUCUGGGCAGUGAGAUCCGGGAUUCCUGCUGGCACUCGUCUGUGGCUCUGGAGCAGAGCAUUGAGUUCAUCAGGGACUCUCUGAUUUCCAUUCGAGAUGACAGGGACGGGCUCAACCGCUGCCUGCCGGACGGUCAGACCCUCCCCCCAGGCAGGACUAAGAAGCCCAUUGCGGGCGUGAUCGGCCCCGGCUCCAGCUCCGUCGCCAUUCAAGUACAGAACCUGCUGCAGCUCUUUGACAUCCCCCAGAUCGCGUACUCUGCCACCAGCAUCGAUCUGAGUGACAAAACUCUGUACAAAUACUUCCUGAGGGUGGUCCCUUCCGAUACUUUGCAGGCAAGGGCGAUGCUUGACAUAGUCAAGCGGUACAAUUGGACCUAUGUCUCCGCAGUCCACACGGAAGGGAAUUAUGGGGAGAGCGGAAUGGAUGCUUUCAAAGAGCUGGCCGCCCAGGAAGGCCUCUGCAUCGCCCACUCAGACAAAAUCUACAGCAACGCUGGGGAGAAGAGCUUUGACCGACUCCUGCGCAAGCUCCGAGAACGGCUUCCCAAGGCCAGAGUGGUGGUGUGCUUCUGCGAAGGGAUGACCGUCCGGGGCCUCCUGAGCGCCAUGCGGCGCCUUGGCGUCGUGGGCGAGUUCUCACUCAUCGGAAGUGAUGGAUGGGCAGACAGAGAUGAAGUCAUUGAAGGUUAUGAGGUGGAAGCCAACGGGGGAAUCACGAUAAAGCUGCAGUCUCCAGAGGUCAGGUCAUUUGAUGAUUAUUUCCUGAAACUGAGGCUGGACACUAAUACAAGGAAUCCCUGGUUCCCUGAGUUCUGGCAACAUCGGUUCCAGUGCCGCCUACCAGGACACAUUCUGGAAAACCCCAACUUUAAAAGAAUCUGCACAGGCAAUGAAAGCUUAGAAGAGAACUAUGUCCAGGACAGUAAGAUGGGGUUUGUCAUCAAUGCCAUCUACGCCAUGGCACACGGGCUACACAACAUGCACCAGGCCCUCUGCCCCGGCCACGUGGGCCUCUGUGAUGCCAUGAAGCCCAUCGAUGGCAGCAAACUCCUGGACUUCCUCAUCAAGUCCACGUUCAUCGGUGUGUCUGGAGAGGAGGUGUGGUUUGAUGAGAAAGGGGAUGCUCCUGGAAGGUAUGAUAUUAUGAAUCUGCAGUACACAGAAGCCAAUCGCUAUGACUAUGUACAUGUUGGAACUUGGCAUGAAGGGGUGUUGAACAUCGAUGAUUACAAAAUCCAAAUGAACAAGAGUGGAAUGGUACGGUCUGUAUGCAGUGAGCCUUGCUUAAAGGGUCAAAUCAAGGUCAUACGGAAAGGGGAAGUCAGUUGCUGCUGGAUUUGCACUGCCUGCAAAGAGAAUGAGUAUGUGCAAGAUGAAUUCACCUGCAAAGCUUGUGACUUGGGAUGGUGGCCCAAUGCAGAUCUGACAGGAUGUGAACCCAUUCCUGUCCGCUACCUUGAGUGGAGCAACAUAGAGUCCAUCAUAGCCAUCGCCUUUUCCUGCCUGGGCAUCCUUGUCACCUUGUUUGUCACCCUGAUCUUCGUGCUAUACCGAGACACACCUGUGGUCAAGUCCUCCAGCCGGGAGCUCUGCUACAUCAUCCUAGCUGGCAUCUUCCUUGGUUACGUCUGUCCCUUCACCCUCAUUGCCAAGCCCACCACCACCUCCUGCUACCUGCAGCGCCUCCUGGUCGGCCUCUCUUCUGCCAUGUGCUACUCCGCUUUAGUGACCAAAACCAAUCGCAUCGCACGCAUCUUGGCAGGCAGCAAGAAGAAGAUCUGCACCCGGAAGCCCAGGUUUAUGAGUGCCUGGGCCCAGGUGAUCAUUGCCUCAAUUCUGAUCAGCGUGCAGCUAACCUUGGUGAUAACCCUGAUCAUCAUGGAGCCCCCCAUGCCCAUCCUGUCCUACCCGAGCAUCAAAGAAGUCUACCUUAUCUGCAAUACCAGCAACCUGGGGGUGGUAGCCCCUUUGGGCUACAAUGGGCUCCUCAUCAUGAGCUGUACCUACUAUGCCUUCAAGACCCGCAACGUGCCCGCCAACUUCAAUGAGGCCAAGUACAUUGCCUUCACCAUGUAUACCACCUGCAUCAUCUGGCUGGCUUUCGUGCCCAUUUACUUUGGGAGCAACUACAAGAUCAUUACUACCUGCUUUGCAGUGAGCCUCAGUGUAACGGUGGCCCUGGGGUGCAUGUUCACCCCCAAGAUGUACAUCAUUAUUGCCAAACCCGAGAGGAAUGUCCGUAGUGCCUUUACCACCUCGGACGUGGUCCGCAUGCACGUCGGCGACGGCAAGCUGCCCUGCCGCUCCAACACUUUACUCAGCAUUUUCCGAAGAAAGAAACCAGGGGCGGGGAAUGCCAAUUCUAAUGGCAAGUCUGUGUCGUGGUCCGAACCAGGUGGAAGACAGGUGCCCAAAGGCCAGCACAUGUGGCAUCGCCUGUCGGUGCACGUGAAGACCAACGAGACGGCCUGCAACCAAACGGCCGUCAUCAAACCCCUCACUAAAAGUUACCAAGGCUCCGGCAAGAGCCUGACCUUCUCCGAUACCAGCACCAAGACCCUUUACAACGUGGAGGAGGAGGACGCCCCGCCGGUGCGCUUCAGCCCUCCCAGCAGUCCUUCCAGGGCGGCGCCCCGCCGCGUGCAGACCGCGGCCAGCACGCCGCCCCUGCCGCCCCACCUGACGGCCGAGGAGACCCCCCUCUUCCUGGCCGAGCCGGCCGUCCCCAAGGGCUUGCCCCCGCCCCUCCAGCAGCCGCCGCUGCCGCAGAAAUCCUUCCUGGACCAGCUGCAGGGCGUGGUCAACAAUUUGAGCGCCGGGAUCCCGGAUUUCAGCUCGGUGCUGGCGGUCCCCGGGGCCGCGGGGAACGGGGCGCGGUCCCUGUUCCCGCCCCCGGCGCCCCCGCAGCACCUGCCGCUGCUGCCGCUGCCGCUGAGCCCCUUCGCCGAGGAGCCCGCCUCGCCGCCCGGCGAGGACGACGACGAGGACGACAGCGAGAGAUUCAAGCUGCUGCAGGAGUACCUGUCGGAGCGGGAAGGGAACACGGAGGAGGACGAGCUGGAGGAGGAAGAGGAGGAGGGGGACCUGCCGGCGCCCAGCAAGCCCACCCCCGAGGCCUCGCCCGCCCUGACGCCCCCGUCCCCGUUCCGCGACUCGGUGGCCUCGGGCAGCUCGGUGCCCAGCUCCCCGGUGUCCGAGUCGGUGCUCUGCACCCCUCCCAACGUGACCUACGCCUCGGUCAUCCUGAGGGACUAUAAGCAGAGCUCGUCCACCCUGUAGGGAGGAGGUGUCCCGGGGGGAAAAGCCAGAGGUGGUCGGGCAGGGGAGCCUGAGCAUCUCCCCCGGAGAGACGUUGCGGGGGAAGCUGGGCGGGAAGCCGAGGCCGGAGGUGGAGUCAGGGAGCAAGGAUGCUACGGCUGCUGCCGCCUUAGCAAGGCCAGCGCCGGAGGUGCUGGACUCCGCAAGCCAGAAAGGAUCCAGGCAAGGAUUGUCUUGAAUUCAAAACCCUUCUCUGGGAAGAAAGGGAAUUCCGACAAAGCACAAUCCUAUGUAGUAUGUAACUUUUGUUGCAAAAAAUAAAUAAAUAAAACCAACCCACAUAAUCUCUUUGGACCGUUGCGCAUAGAUAUGCAUGCCCACCCACUUGGCCCGUUUGGAAGGGGACAGCCGGGAGGACCGCUCCGUUAAUCAUUAGCUCGUCAUCCUGGUGUUUCCAACGAGCUUGGUGGAGCCAGAUGGAGCAGGUGGGUGAAGGAGGGGAACCACCCAGAGAACGGUGAUGGACAGCAGCUCGUUCCUCAAGCCCUUCUCCCUACUGGGCCCACAGAACCCUGGUAUCCCGGGCCCUCGGGGGAACUGGCGCAGAAAGUGGGGUUCGUCUUCACCGACUGCACGCCCAUCCAGUGCCAGCCUUGCUGUAACACUUGGAGAAAGGUGCGUGGACACCUUGCUGCUCUGUGAUUUCCCUCUGUUUAGGAGAACAAGAAUAGGAGCAAAAUCAUCAACCAAAAGCGCUUCAUCAGUAGUGCUAAGGAAGGGCAGAAGGAGAAAGAGGACAGUGCAGAGGCUUGGGGCUUUCAACAAAAUCAGCUUCCCAUAUCUGAUGCUAGCUUACUGGUGAUUUCGUUAAAAAAAAAAAAAAAAAAAAGCCAGAUGAGAUUGUUCGGAGAGUAGCAGAAGAGUUUGCGGAUUUACCUGUGUGCCAAGGGGGCUCUCCUUUGCCCUUAUAUUAAAGAAAACAAACCACAUGGCAAAAUCGUUACCUUCCAUUUACUGUAGCAAAUAAUACUUACCAGUUUGAACUUCCUAAGAUGCAGUAUGUAUUUGGUGCCAUUGUUUCUCCUAUGUACUACAGAAACAAAUCUAUCUUUGAACUUAAUGGUGUACUCAUAGCAGCUAUUAUUGGUUUCAAUGACAAAUAAUUCUUUCCAAUUGUCACCGAAGUCCUUGUAACUAGCAAGUGAAUGUGAUCCUGUGUCCUUGUAUACCCGUGAUAAUAAAAACUGUGCAAUGUAAUGUCAAUCUAACUGCAACUAAAAGACUGUAUCUCCGAUAUAGUAUAGAUAUUUUUAUGUCCCAGUAAUGUUUUAUAUGCCAUUGUCAUCAAUAUCUACAGGAGCUCUUUGAAGGUUGGAGUGCUCUGGUCCAAUGUUUUUCAUAUGCUGCUCAGAUGGUCCUUCUUUUAAGAGGGAACUUAUUUUUCAGAUAUUUUAUGAUGUGGAAAUAUGUUAUUAAUGAAGUGGUUUGAAGAUUUGUUAUACUAAAAGUUCACAAAAACUGUGGGUAACAGUAAAAAGGUAGAUUUUAUAUAAUUGCACACAUCAUUAUUAAAACAUAAGAUUGAAACAGCAUUUACAUUAUUUGUUUCUUUUAUGAUUUUUUAAAAUUUUCCACUGCUACUUGAGCUUUAUGUGCUUUAAAGCAUCUAUUAACCACUGUCUUGUCAUAAUUUUUCAAAUUAUUUAUUCCUCACUUUUUGAUUUCUUUUCAUUUUUACUUCCAUGUUCUUUCAUUCAUGUAUUUUCACUGUCCUAGUUUUUCUUUUUCUUUUUGUUAUUUGUGCUGUGUAAUAUCCAUGUCUGUGUAAUCCAGUUGUUUCAUUUUUAUUCCUCCCUUUCCCCCCAAUAAAAGAGAUUUUUCUUGCUGUUUCGAUUCUUGUAUUAUUUGGGAAUGAAUCUUAUCCCCCUAAAUAUCUUUGUUUAUGCCUUAUGUUCAGUCGUUUAAUGUGCUUCCUUCAUGUUAAAGCUGCUGAUUUCUCAGCCAAAAAUUAUCUUAGACUCUUUAAAUACCCACUGCAUCAUUUGUUCAGAAUUUAACAUGCACUCCAAUGUUUGAGGCUCAUAUUUCUUAUGUCUUCCCAUAUCCUACUGCCAAGUUUAGUCAGUUUUAUAUCAAGAAUAGACUGCCUUUUCUUUUUAAAAAAAUUAUUUUAUUACACCUUUGGUAGAAAGACUCAUGACUGAAAUGUGAUUUCAGUUCCAUUUUCACUGUCAUGAGGCAGAACAAGGAAAAUGGAUGGUUCUAGUGCUUGAUAUAUGGUCUACUAAUUGGCAAACUAGCAAGGGAAAGUAUACAAUCUAAUAUUAGUGAAACAUGUUUUUUUAUCCUAAUGCCAUUGACAUCUGUUCUUAACAUCAGAACUUGUGCAUUCAGAAACUUUUAAAGUAAGAAUACAUCAGAAAAACUUCUACUAUUCAAAUACUAUGUCAGUUUGUCCUGAGGUUUUAAUCUCAGAUGUUUGGUGAAAAUAUUCAACACCAGUCACAUUAUUACUCUGAAUGCCUACAAUUACCAUGAUUAGAAGUUUUCCUAAGUACAAUAGAUUAUUAGCUCUUAAAUCAUAAUUGUUCAAAAUUGGAAAUGUACACAUAUGUAUCCUGUACAAAAAGGGCAGAAACUUUCCACCUUAAUGUAUGUGCUUAUACAAGUUGUUUAGCUUCUUGUGAAAGUGUUUCCUUUUGGCUCGUUACUGCCUUUUGUCAAAUAAUCUUGAUAAUGCUGUAUAAUAAAUAUUUUCUAUUUAU